AUGUUUUCUAAUGUUUCCAAGUCGAGAAUCCAUCGGAUAGCAGUCCUGCAGAAACGGUAUAAGGUAACGAUACGUGAAAAAGAUCUGGAGAAGCACUUUACUCGAAGUCCCGGUCCAGGAGGGCAAAAUGUGAAUGCGUCUCAUACUAGAUGCCAACUAAUUCUUGACUUUGCGAAAUGUAAGAGUUGGUUGUCCGAUGCAAUAGUGGCUAAUUUGAAAAAGCUGGAAGCAAGGGCAGGCACUUUGACACGGAGCGGCAAUGCUAUAAUGAUAACCUGUCACGAGACUCGAUCACAAAUCUCCAACUAUGACCGAGCCCUUCGAACACUACAGCAAAAGCUUGACGCGGCUGAAGCCUAUCGAGAGGAAGAGAAGUUGGAGUUUUCUGACUGGCUUAAAACGGUGAAAAGCGAGGAGGAAAUACAGGAGUAUCAUGAAUACAAUCGUAAACGGCGAGAUCGAGACAAGCAGCAUCGGAAGAUGAAGAAGGAGCUCAAGUUCUGA